UCGCCCGCAGUCCCAACCGCUGGCCAGCACCCCGUCAGACGCCGGACCCCCAAAGAGCCCGAGCUCAUGCCCCUGCCCCGCAGGGGAAAAGGACCCCUCCUGGCUGGCCCCCGAAUGGCGAGCACUAGCCUCCCGCGGGCGACAGCCCACUCGCCAAGACACGUGGGCCGCGGGACCCCGUUGUCGAGCCCUGCGCAACGCCUCACCCGGCAGCGCCAUUCCUCCGAGCAGGUCCCACCACGGCCCGAGCCGCAGGCGGACUUCCGCUCGGGAAGGUGGCUCCAAGAGGGCGCCAGAGGGGACGCCAGGAACUCGCGGCAGACCCCGUGUGCUGGGAUGGGCUCCAGGCACAGGAUCUGUAGUCAAGAAGAAGUAGUGAUGUCUUGUGCUUCUGACAGUGAUUCAGGAAGUGUGGAUUUGCAGCUGGGCAACUUAGAGGAUAUUAAAAAGCAACCAAGUAGCCUUGAACUUACAGACUCGGACAUCACAGAAAUCCCCGGACUCCCCGGGGAAUCCCUCACAGACACCUCCAGACACCUGACCCACCAAGGCCCCCUCGGUGAAGUCGUUGCUGAGCAGCUGAUCCAAUCCAUCCAGGAGUUUUUUAAUGGUGAACUAAAGAGUGAACUUGAGAAGCUGACAGCCCUGAGAUCUUUGUCUUCUCUCAGCCAAACUUUACCUUCUGAUGAAACCACAGAGUCAUUCAUUCACAGCCACAUAGCAGACAUUGUGCAUCUGCUAAGUACGCUGGUGGAGGAGGAGCCCCGGCAGUCUCUCUUCAGCCCUGUGCUCCAGGAGGUCUUUAUCACCAUCACUGACUUCAGUUACCAAGAUGUCUACUUGCUGUUUGGUUCUGAAGAUCGAGCUGACCUGUUCAGUCUUGUCACCAAAAGUGUAAUCGCUCUGCCCUCUAUCAAGAUCCUCACCCAUCCGCAGGAAAUCAUGCCAGGCGGAUCCUACAAUUCACAGUGUCUCUACAGGCAGACAUUUCAGGCGUUUGUUGAGAUGCUCCAGAGUUUGGUGAUAAAAGACCGACAUUUGGAAAAUCUUGACAUAAUUUUUAAGCACAUGCACCCCUGGUUACAGUCAGACAAAGACCAUGAACGGGAACGGGCCACAACCAGCAUGACUCAAGUUCUGAAGUGUUUAUUCAAACAUCUCAGCCUGCAACUUCCAGUGCGAUUCCAAAGACUUGGACAGGUGGUGGCUCUGAUGGCUCUGCUGUGCGGGGACCCACUGAAAGAGGUGGCCGAGGAGGCUGCGGAGGGGAUGCACUACCUGCUGCACAUCACCCUGAAGCUGAAGUGUAUCACUUACGACAAGAAAAAUCGCCAAAGCCUGAAAAGAGCAAUGAAAAAAUGUCGAGAACUCCUAGAACUCUACAAUAUUAAGCAGUUCUAUAGUUGUCCCUUCAGAAUUGCCCAGGUCUUCGAAGUUUUUCUCAAUUCCAAUGAGCUCUACCAGUUUGUAAUGGCUACACUGGAUGGCCUGAAAAACCUGAAACAUCCACACACGCAGCUGUCAGCGGGGGAAUUGCUGAUAGCAUUGGUGAAGACUGCACAGUCCCGGUUUGAGAAGGUGCCAGAAAUUAUGGGAGUUAUCUGUGCCCUGCUCUCCACAAUCAGCCAACCUAAGGUUCGCCAACAAAUCAGAAAUAUUGUGAGUUUGUUUCUGUCCAGGCCCAAGUACACGGAUACAGUGAUCGACCACCUUCUGUGUCACCCAGUGCCAUAUGACAGGCAUCUGGCUGAGCUGUGGAGAACUCUGGAGGUGGAGCUGCCCAAAACGACCUGGAUUCUCUGGAGACUCCUGAGGAAGCUGCAGAAAUGCCAUGAUUCUGGCACCCAGGAGAAGAUGGCCUAUGUGGCUGUUGCUGUAACAGAUGCCCUUUAUGAGGUGUUUGUGGGGAACAGACUCCGAGCAGCUACGUUCCGGCUCUUUCCUCAACUUCUCAUGACACUGCUCAUCCAGGUUCACCACACCAUCGGCCUCACCAUGUCUGAUGUUGCCAUCCCCAGUGGCCUGUACCCAGAACAGGAAGUGUCUUCAGAGGUCACCCCCUUGUGCUUCGCCAUACAGGCUACAAAGACUCUCCUCCUCAGAACAUUCUGCUGGCAGGAAUUCAACAUCAUGGAAAAGAAUAAAGGAUGGACCCUUCUGGAAGGAAAAGAUUGCCAUCUUCAGGGAGUAUCCCUCCUUGCCAAUGCAUUGCUGGAGAGAAAUCACCUCCUUGCACAUAAGGUCAUGUACCUGUUAGUGCCUUUUCUUAACCGAGGGAACGAUAAACAUAAGCUCACAUCAGCAGGCUUUUUUGUGGAGCUUCUUCAGAGUCCAGUGGCUAGGAGAUUUCCCAGCAUAUACUGUGUUGCCCGCUUGAAAGACUGGCUACUUCUUGAAAAUAAUCCCUUUAAAAUACUUGCCCUGAGGGGACUGUGCUAUCUUACCAGACAGGGGGAAAUGAGGGAAGACAUCAAGAGCUUGCUGCCGUGCAUCCUAGACCUUUUAUAUGAAUCCGACGAGAAGAUUGUUUUGUUGGCCAUUCAGAUACUCCUGCAGUUUGUCAGGACGAUGGAUUUCACCACCCUGACUACCAUGAUGAGGACCCUCUUCUCCUUAUUUGGUGAUGUAAGACCGGAUGUUCAUCGUUUCUCCAUGAUCCUCUUUGGAGCCUCCAUAAAGUCUGUGAAAUACACAGAUAAGAAGGGUGUAGAGAGCCAAGUCCUGGACAGCUUGGUCCCACUUCUUCUGUAUUCUCAGGAUGAGAAUGAUGCAAUUGCUGCGGAGAGCAGGCAAGUGCUAACUAUAUGUGCCCAGUUCCUGAAGUGGAAGCUGCCCCAAGCAGUGUACUGCAAAGCUCCCUGGUUCAUCAACCCUAGUGAUGUUGCAACAAUCUGCAAAUUCUUUGGAAAAAAAUGCAAGGGGAAGGUCGACAUCUUAGCCCAAACAUUGAUGUUCUCCAAGAAUGCAAAACUUCCUAUCAGAAGAGCAGCAGUCUUAUUUGUAGGGCUCUUAUCGAAGUACAUGGAUCACAGCGAACUCGGGACGAAGGGUACUGACUGGAUAGAGGAUGAUCUGAAAAAACUGCUGCAUGAUCCUGAGCCAUCUCUGCGCAUCAUCGCCUCCCAGGCUCUAUUCCGAAUCCAGAAGGCGGUGGCUGAACCACAUUCCAGGCAGACACUGUACGGGCUGAGGAAGCUCACAGGUUGUUUGCCUAUUUAGAAGCCCAAGGCAAGCAACAAUAGGUAAAAAAAAAAAAAAAAACAAAAACUAAUCCCUUCAGAAGCCCGAGAAGCACCUCAUGCUCCAUUAGCAAGAAACUUCCUCCACCUCACAGCAUAUUUUUUGCUGUCAAAACCUUGAAGGAAUGGCAGUAUAGAAGAGAGAGCAGCUUCUGGUGUACCUUUGCAGAAACAGUGAAAAUCUAUUGAGUUCUGAGGCAUGCCAGAACAUCCAUAAAGUUCUAGUCUUGAUAAAGAGGUUGAGGAAAGCUUCGAGAGUCUCAGUGUUCAUAUUGCUGUGUUGGUAGUGUUGGCUCUCUUAUCAAAGCUCAGUCUGCUUGUCAACCAUCUUAAGAAUAAAGUAACAACCAGUUCUUAUAAUUUGAUGCUAGUGAUGUAUUUUUUAUAAAACUCUUUAUGGCCUUUCUCCUUCCUCUUUCUCUUAAAACAAGCAAGAAGCAGUUUCUGAAGUGGUGUAAUACUAAAGUAUCUGAUACAUGUAAAGUUUCCACUCCUUACUUUCCCUCUCUAUUUUCCUGAUUCCUCUCCUACAAUGGCUAUCAGAACCUCAAAUGAUUUUAGGAUGGGAACUGUUAUGUGUUGAGGACCCACUGUCUGUUUUAACCUUUAACCAUAGAUGGAGAAAAUUUUCUUACAAGUAGACAUUUUCUGAGAAAGAUAUUUGUUUUUACUGAGUGAAUACUUUGAUAAGCUGCAUGCGUAAGGUUGGGACUAGAUUAAUUAGAGAUGAUUUCUCAUGGGCUAAUUCCCAGGCUCUUGUUUGAGGAACCUAAGUGGAGAGCAGAGCUCAGUUAUUUAAGGUAAUGGAGAGGCAUCUUGGAGGUCAGAUGGUAAAAGAGAAAGGAAAUGAGACACUGGCAUAUGAAGAAGAGACACAUCCAAUGGCAGAUUGCACAAAGUUGUAUGAAUCCUUACCCCAUCCCACAUUCACCCCAUCCCUCUGCCAAGACAUCUUUAGAAACACAUUUCUCCAUGAUUCAUGGUAAGUUGGAUAUAUUUUGAGGGAUGUGACAGCCAAGGGUGGCUUCAAGAGCAAGAUUCCUACUCAAGAGAGGUCUUCAUAUUUGGGACUAGCAGACAGGAGUUUUGAGCUAAAAGGCAGGCUCCAGCUACCCAUGGACUAACUCUUCACCCUCAAGCAGAGCUAAGAGUACACCUUGAGGGUGGCCACUGGAUGCCAGCUUCAGUGCAUUGAGCACAUUGGAGUUACGUGCACCCCUUACUGCUUUCUCUUUGGUCUCACUACAUGCAACCAAUUCCAGUCUCCCCUUUUGAACUAUCCAUUUUGUCAAUCACGCUAUGAAGAUGAUUAAUGCGUAUUGAGUGCUUACAAUGAACCAGAUUCUAAGUACAUUGUAUGGUUAACUCUUUUAAUCCUCAUGACCACUCCUUGUAUUAUCUCCAUUUGGCAGAUGGAGGGACAUUUGGCAGCUAAGGGACAGAACAUGAAGGUGACUUGCCCAAAGUCACACAACUAGUAAAUUCACAACCUCUAGUUCUGGCUGUAAAACCCACAUCCUUGGUCGGUCUGCUCCGCUCCUCUCCAGUGUGCUCUUUCCCUUCAUUGUGAAUAAAGAUUUCCUCUACAGUUCAUCUCAGCUGUUGAAUUCAUGCAAUCAAACAAAUGAUGUGAAAUGUUAUUGAGCCUCAGAUUACAAAGUUUGAACACUUCUUACCUAAAAGUUAGUGCAUCUUAUUUUUUUUUCCCCAAUGGGAUAGAAUGCACAUGCUACAAUGUAAGGAGUGGAGUUAGAGCAAAAGGUGGUGAUUAUUCUUGAGGAAUAUUUUCUGAGUCCUUGGUUUAAUCUCAUGAGCUAUCCUUGUCUCACUGCAGGAAACAGAUCUUUUAGAUUUAGGAAGCAAUUUAGACCUCCAGUGACAUAUAAGAGGUUGAGCAAAUCCUUUCUCUUUACUCAUAUUUACCCUAUAGUUUCUCUCCAGGUGGUAUUUUAUUGUCUGAGUAAUACCACUAACAGGGAGUAGCAAGCACAACAAUGCUUAUCCUAUUUUAUUUAUGUUUAUUGUGUUAAAAUCCACAGAGAGAAGCAUCCAUUAAGAGAGGACUACGCUUCACUCAACUACCUCAGUGGUUUGGGAAGGGCUGAAGAAAACAGUGAUUGUAUGAGCAAGUCUGUUUAUUCUAAAUAUCUCCAUUACUUUUAUAUAAGGCUGUCUUCAUAGAUAGGUUUAUGUUUUUUAUGGAAUUUUAAAAAUAUACAAAACAAAUAUUUCUGGACACUUAAUUUGUUGUAAUAUGUUGAAAUAAAAGUUCCAUACAAUUAAAUAUAGUUUUGACUUUAUUUUCAUCAUAUACUUUUCAAAUGUAUAGUUUGUUAUCCAUUACUGGCCCAACCAUGUCUUUAUUAUUUUAUAUUUUCCCUUUUUUAAAACUUUGAGUAUCACUUUUCCUCCUUAUACUGAGAUAUGUAGUCUUUCUUCUCAUUGAAGUCUUUCAAUCAACCAAACCAAACCUAGUAAACACUGAAUUUAAGCUCAGAACAUGGAUUAGUUAAUCUUAGGAAAUCACUUUUGUGGCAAGAGGGGCACAACACUAAAAAGGAAAAGAAUUUCUAGGCAGUUCAUGUGUUGUGACCUUAAAACUAAAGAAGUUGGUAUUUCCAAGGACCUUUCCACUGCAAUAGUCUUGGUGAUUUUUUUUUUAAUACUUAUUUUUGUAUAUUUAUUUUUCUAAAUUUGUUUUUCUAUG